AUGGCCUCCACUCCUUCUAGUCGGCUGAAACCAACCCCCUCGAAUUCUCCCCACCUCACCUUACCCGUCCGAUCUCUUAAUCGCGGCAGAGCCUCCGUGGAGCCUCGCCUGUCCCUUAAACGAGUCGUCGGCACGACUUGUACCUCGCCCACCGGCUUCGACACCGUCGGCUCCUUGUUUGCCUACAUCGCCGGUGGAGCCGUCGUCGUCGUCGACGUUGACGGCGCCGAGUAUGCCCAACGCUUCUACAGAGCUCGCCCGACCGCUCUUCCCGUCUACAACACUUCCUUGUCGCCGUACUCUCCCUCGACGCCCACCGCGACGCCCAAAGCAAACGAUAGCCGAAAUAGGGCGUCAUUGCGAGAAUCGAGCUACGGCUCAGCUGAUUGGGCCGAAUCUCCUACCCCAAAGACGUGGACUAGCCGAGAGCGAAUCAAGGCCGCUACGUGUUUAGCUCUCAGUAAGGAGGGCAAAUUUCUAGCCGUCGGCGAAACAGGCUAUGCUCCGCGAGUGCUCAUCUACAGCCUAGAAGACAACUCAUCCGACAUCCCCCUCGUCUCCAUUAGCGAACAUGGGUUUGGGGUCAGGGCUGUCGCGUGGUCUUCCGAUUCGAGAUACCUUGCUUCUCUUGGUUCGGCCAACGACGGCUUCCUCUAUAUCUGGAAGAUCGACCCCAAGACUGGCGCUGCCAGGUUGUUUCAGCAAAACCGAUGCACGUCGUAUAUUCGUGGCAUGAUAUGGGUGGGCAGCAGUCUAGUCACGUUGGGCGUCCGCCAUAUCAAGGUGUGGAGGAUCGACGAGGCGCAGGUGCCUUCUCUCCCGAAGCAGAAAUUUGCGGGAGACCCCAACACUGGUUCCCCGGCACACCAGAAGACGUUGCCGGGUCGGAACGUUUUGCUUGGCGGUCUAAUAGACGCGACAUUUUCGUGUGCCGUCGCCGUCGACGAUACGAAGGCUAUCAUCUGCUCUGAGACGGGCGAAGUAUGCCUAUUCGACGACGCCGACAAGCAGAUGAAGUUGACCAACGUCCUCGAGAGUGGAUUUGUGACGACCUGCGUGACAAUUCGUGGGGAUCUCGCAUAUCUCGGCGGGAAAUCGGGUCAUCUCGCAACAUUCGACCUGGCCUCCUUUGUGAAGUGCAGCACCGAUGCGAUAUGCAGAAAUCUUGGCUCGUUCGAGGGCCUUUUCGCCCUCGGAUUUCUCAAGGAGAAUAUGGUGACGGUUGAUGCCAAGCGCUCCAUCCAUAUUUGGAAAUUUGGCGACAAGCCUGAUGAGGUGGACCUGAAAUCCUCACCGAUUCCAAUUCCGGGACACCAGGAUCCCGUUCUCGGCAUCGAGGCGCUUGGCCGCCCGAAUGCCUCCGAUGCCGACUUCUACAGUUGGUCUGGGUCUGGAGAGGUCAUACUGUGGGAUGUCGAGGGCAACAUCAAAUCCUGUUUCAAGGUGCCUCUUGAAGAGGCUUGCUUCGAUGACGAAUCUGACCUGGUUAACCAGUUGGCGCUGGUGCGAGCCACCGAGGGUGGCAAGUUCUUCGUCGUCGGCGACAAGCUAGGAAUUGUUAAGAUCAUCGACUUUUUGACCCUCAGGUGCGUGUCGUCCAUGAAGGCGCACGCUUCGGAUUGUCAGUCUAUCGCAACCUACGAGGACAAGUCGAGAUUUGUCAUUGCGACCUGCGGCCGCGAUCGCACGACGCAGUUAUUCCGCCAGACGGCCAAUGGCGAGUUCGAGCAUUUUCAGACGCUCGAGUUCGCUUCCCGAGUGGUCCAGGUCAUCGUGCCGUCGGCUGACAGAGUGAUAACCUGCUCUCUCGAUAGAACAUUACAAGUCCACGAGUUGGUGACGAAAAACGACGACCCCAACGUCAUGGCAGCCAUUCAUUUAAGAACUCUUCCCUUAAAAUCCUCGCCGGCGUCGAUGACGAUGAAUGCCGAUGGGAAAUCGGUAUACGUGUCGUUAUUGGACCGUUCCGUCUCCGCGUUUGACGUGGAGAACGGGAAACUUUCGAAUACGUUCAAGUGCAUCGACGAGAGCGGGAUCGAGUCUGUCGUUUUGGAAUCCCUCACGUCUCGAUCGGCCACGGAUAAGGAACCGGCAUUUCUCCUAGGCAUUUCCAACACGGACAAGUCGAUUAGGAUAUAUGAUGCGCAAACGGGAGCCUUCCUGGACCGCGAGUGGGGCCACACCGAGUCGAUUAAAGGCGUAGCGUUAGUCGAAGAGGAGGGUACACGGAGGGUGGUGAGCGUAGGGUCUGACGGCACAAUCAUGAUUUGGGAAAUGGACCUGCCGGAUCGGGCGUGGAGCUCUACCAGUCGCGAGCCCUCCCCGGUCAAAGACGGCUCUACCCUUACUCGCCCAACACUUCGACGUGUGCUAUCCAAGGCCGAGCUGGCAGAAUUCCAACGGUCUUCGCCGGCGGGAGGACGGCGGUCACCUCCAAGGACACUCACGAAGAAGAGAUCAGCUUACAACAUGUCGUCCACGUCCUCUGCGAGGGCGCCUAGCUCGACAGCUCAGGCUAGUCCCACGGUAGCCAUCGCCGAGGAUACCCCGUCUAGGCGGCCGUCCACAGACAGCCGGUCCGGUAGUCCGCCGCCGGUUAGUCCCAAGACGAAAGUAAGGAGGCGCCCAUCUCUGCCAGCUCUCAAUUCGGCUAAAACGAAAAGCAACGGCAAUUUGAGGGGAUUCGGCUCCCUCGACACAGCUACGGAGCAAGCCUGUCGGACACUCCGGGCCUACCGGAAGAAAUUAUCGUCCACGGACCCCGUCAGCCAUGAAAUCCUGGCUGAACUGGACCAAGAACUUCGCCUCACCGCGGUCGCUUUGGGCGACAGGACCAACCGAAGCAAAGCUAUGAGCGAUACUAUGCUUAACGGGCUUCUAGACCAGUACUCGGAGCGUCUCAUUAAUAUGCUGGACGAAAAGCUCCGAUUCGGCUUCCGAUCGCACUCGGACCAGGAGCCCGAUUCGCCUAGCAAGCGUCCCGGAUCGUCUGGAGCGGGCUCCAGUAACAGCUCAGCGUAA